UCCACACCAAAUCUGGGAUGCCGCUCUGCAUCAGUUUAAUCAGGAUCCUCUGAACUCCUGCGUUGUGGUGAUAACGAAACUCUGAAAAUCCAGUCAUGUUGGCCCGGAAAGGCCUGGUGCCUGAAGGAUUUCUGUUGACCCGCCUGGCUGAAGAUGCAACCCAGCCGAACCGCUGCCGUAGCAAAUCACAGCGCGCUCGCUUUAUCACCAAGAGCGGAUCAUGCAACGUGGCUCACAAGAACAUACGGGAACAGGGUCGGUUUCUGCAGGAUGUUUUUACCACCAUGGUGGACCUGAAAUGGCAGCACUCGCUCCUUAUCUUUACCUCAGCAUUCCUCUGCUCGUGGAUGCUCUUUGCCAUGAUGUGGUGGCUCCUGGCCUUUGCUCAUGGUGAUCUGGAGCCACGAGAUCCUAGUGAGCCUGGACCUGUUCCCUGUGUCACUGCCAUCCACUCCUUCACUUCAGCGUUCCUCUUCUCCAUCGAGGUGCAGGUGACCAUUGGCUUUGGUGGGAGGAUGGUCACAGAAGAGUGUCCACUGGCUAUUGUAAUUCUGAUCAUCCAGAACAUUCUGGGCCUCAUCAUCAACGCUGUCAUGCUGGGCUGCGUGUUCAUGAAAACAGCUCAAGCCAAUCGCCGAGCAGAGACGCUCAUCUUCUCCCGUAAUGCUGUCAUCGCGCCGCGCAACGGCAAACCCACAUUCAUGUUUCGUGUUGGAGACCUGAGGAAGAGUAUGAUCAUAUCAGCUACCAUUCAGAUGCAGGUGAUUCGCAGGACGGUGACGGCAGAAGGGGAGGUGAUUCCAGUCUGCCAACUUGACAUCCAGGUGGAAAACCCGCUCAGGAGCAAUGGUAUCUUCCUCGUCUCGCCCCUCAUCAUCAGUCACACCAUUGAUAGAGGAAGCCCCCUGUAUGAGCUUUCUGCCCAGUCACUGGCCACUGAGGAUCUGGAGAUCAUAAUUAUACUGGAAGGAGUGGUGGAGACCACCGGCAUCACUAUGCAGGCACGCACGUCUUACACACCGGAGGAGAUUCUCUGGGGACGCCGCUUCGUCUCCAUCAUGACCGAAGAGGAUGGCCGAUACUCUGUGGACUAUUCCAAAUUCGGUAACACGGUGCCCGUGCGGAUGCCCGCGCUCAGCGCCAAGGAGCUGGACCAGACAAGAGGGGUGCAGGACAACGGCCCUCAUGAGGGUAAACCUCAGGGCUGGGGACUGGUGCGGGCAGGACGGGGCGGCUACAGGAGGAGUGCAGGUCGGGCGUGCGAGGAUAACCCAUCCCGGCCAUGGUACGCUCCAGCAGACAAAAACGAACCGGAGAAAAGUAAAGAGAAGAACGGGCAGAAAAAGACUGUGAAAUUAGAGGAAAUAGGGAGAGAACUGGAGGAGGAGACUAUGGAGGAUAUGAGUGAUUAA